AUUCUAUUUCUCAUCCUACGCCUUUCUGUUUCCGGUUGCGAUCAGACCGUUGAAAUGGCUCAGGGUAAACAGAAAUUUAAAGCGCAGCGCCCCGGAGGAGCUAAAAAGCAACAACACAAACCGAAAGGACUCAAGAAAGGAGGAAGGAUCAUCGCUCCCAAGAAAGCUCAAGUGGUCCAGCAGCAGAAGCUGAAGAAGGGUUUAGAGGUGGCCAUCAGAAAUAGGAUCGAACAGGAAACCACUCAGAAGGCCAGCACGUCCCUUCAUAAGAAACUGAGUGUGCUGAAAACUCCAGAGGCGAAAAGCGGCACAGCUGGACCUUCAAAACCAGCUGCUGGAUCAUCCAAAACCAAGUGAUGGCAGGCAAAUACUGUAAUCUGCUGUGCAGCCGCUAGAAGGCGCCACUGUAUUAGAAAACUGAUGCUUGCCACUUUCUGUGGACUAAUAGUAUAAAGUUUAUUCUGUAUUCUUGGAGAAAGAAACAUGAAAUAUCUAUAUGUACAAUAGGCCAUCAUUUUUUAGACUGUGCUUUUUUUGUAUAAUAAAAUAAUAAAUUACU